AUGGAUUACGAUAAGUCUAGCUCGUCGAUCGUACUAGAUGUGGCAUGGGGCAAGGUGGAUAAGAAAAGCCAAGGUUUUAUCUAUGCCAAAAACUUCCCGCAGCUCAUACAGGCCAUUGAAUUAUUAUUGAACAAAGGUGAGCCAGCUCAGCUCCGAUUACUAUCAAACACGGGCAAGAAUGUGAUAGACACGUUUGCAAAGGAGAAGGAGUUCUUCAAGAUAUACAAGGAUGAGUUCAAAGAGAUAUUUCAAGGGUUAGUUGGUAAGACUUUCAAGGAUGCCGUGGAGGGUACGUUUCCCUCUGGUAAGAUACCCAAAAAUGUUCUUCAAGAGAGUAAAGAAGAUCAGGGGAUUAUUGAUAGUCCUCAAAAGAAAGACCUACGACUAAAGAAUUUGCAAAAUAGAAUAGCCGCGUUGACCGAAGAAUUACAAUUCAAGGAUGAUAUAAUAGCUGAGAAGGACAGAGAACUGAUAAAACUGACCCGUGGAUUAAGCGAGUACAAGGAUAAGUACGAUUUUUUGCAGAGGCAGUUCAGCUUCUAUAAGGAUCAUGGCGAGAGUCCAACCAAUGAAGAGCCAGGCGCCAACGAACCCGUAUCAACGCGACACGAAUUCAUUAUCAGCGAGAUGAAGAGGAAAUUACAGGAACAGUUGCUUACAAUCAAUGCACUACGAGAACAGAUGCAACAGGCCCAAGGCACAUACCAAUGGUACACGAAACCAUUAAAGUCCAACAAAAUCGAAUCGGCACCCUUGAUUCUCAUCGUACUCUUCACAAUAACGCUAUUUUCAUUGCUCUUUUACAUCACAAAAUGCUUUGUCACCGACGAUCAAGCUGAUAGAUACUACGAGACAUCAUGGUGGGAAAAAAGUGGCCUUUUGAGUCGAUUGGGAUGGCGCUGGCAAGAUUGGAAAGAUAGCACGAUCGACUUACCAAAUAGUCAAGCAUACGAUAAAGUCUUUGGAAUUAAGGAUUACAGAUAG